AAAAAAAAAAAAGUGAAAGAAAAGAAAAAGCAAACAGGACAAUGUCAGUACAAGAGGACAAUUUAGUGACAGCAUCUCUCAUUUGCUGAGAAAUAACUUUGAGGAGAAGGACUGGACAAUGACCAGCAUUUUAUUUACACAGGUCACGAGACACGUCACUUGGGUGAUCUGCUCUUGUUGCAGAGUCCUUAAUUAGAAAAUUCCUAGAGAGCUCUUGCUCCUACUAGGUGCUUAUUAAAACCUAAAGACAAAAGGAGUUAGUAGAAAAGCCCGAGGAAUGGAUAGAGAACUCAGGUUACACUACAAGGCAAGAGUCACCUGCUCGUAGCAUAGGAAGAGGCACUCAGGAUGGCAUGUUGGAUUUUGAAUGAAAAACUCUCUGUCCUGUUAUUAUUGGUGUGGCUGGGAUUGAAUUUAUAUUUGUUUAUUGAUACCUUCCAUUGGUAUGAAGAUGAAGAUGCUUACACUUAUACACGGACUAUGCUGGGAUCAACGCUGGCUUGGGCAAGAGCUUCUGCAACGUGCCUUAAUUUUAACUGCAUGCUAAUCCUGUUACCAGUCAGUAGAAAUCUUAUUUCAUUCUUAAGAGGAGCAAACAUUUGCUGUGGAGGAGCACUGAGGAGACAGCUUGACAAAAACAUCAUAUUUCACAAGAUGGUUGCCUAUGGAAUAUCUGUAAAUGCAACCAUCCAUAUUGUUGCCCACUUGAUCAACAUUGAGCGGUAUCAUAACAGCCAGUCAAAAGAAGCAGGGGAGUUACAGAAAAAACUUUCUGGCCUUGGCAAGAGCCCAAAUGAAAGCUACUUGAACCCAAUCAGAACCUACGAAAUGAAUACAACAAGAGAGGUGCUGACCACCAUAGCUGGAGUAACUGGAGUUGUGAUAACUGUGGCUCUUGUUUUGAUCAUGACUUCAUCCACAGAGCUCAUCAGAAGGUCAUGCUAUGAGGUGUUCUGGUAUACCCACCACCUCUUUGUGGUUUUCUUUAUUGGUUUAAUAAUCCAUGGUAUGGGUCAGCUAAUCCGAGGUCAGACAUCCCAGAGUCUGCUGCUUCAUAAUGUCACUUACUGUAAAGAUCACUACUUGGAAUGGGAGAAAGUCACUCAGUGCCCUUUGCCGCAGUUUUCCGGCAAGAAACCUGUGGCUUGGAAGUGGGUUUUAAGUCCUGUGGUGUUGUAUAUCUGUGAAAGAAUUGUUAGAUUCUGGAGAUUUCAACAGGAGGUGGUCAUUACUAAGGUGGUGACACAUUCUUCUGGAGUCCUUGAGCUUCACAUGAAGAAGCAUGGCUUUAAAAUGGAAGCUGGUCAGUAUAUCUUUCUGCAGUGCUCAUCAGUGUCAUUGCUGGAGUGGCACCCCUUCACCCUCACCUCAGCUCCUGAGGAAGACUUCUUCAGUGUCCACAUCAGGGUGGUUGGGGACUGGACUGCAGCCCUCUUCAAGGCUUUUGGAGCAGAGGAAAAAGCUUUAAAGGAGUUGGGGAUGUUACCAAGGCUAGCUGUGGAUGGACCAUAUGGAUCUGCAACCACAGAUGUUUUUCACUACGGAGUGAGUGUGUGCAUUGCUGCAGGGAUAGGAGUCACACCGUUUGCCUCUGUUUUAAAAUCCAUUUGGUACAAGUGCUGCAAUCCUAACACAGUACUGGCACUGCAGAAGGUUUAUUUUUACUGGAUCUGUCGGGACCCAUCUGCAUUUGAGUGGUUUGCUGAUCUUCUGUUCCUUUUGGAAACAAAAAUGGCUGAAAAAGGGAAAAAUGAUUUUCUAAGUUAUCAUAUAUUUCUUACUGGCUGGGAUGAAAGUCAGGCUACUCACAUAGCCCUACAUUAUGAUGACACGAUGGAUGUAAUUACUGGUUUGAGACAGAAGACCUUCUAUGGAAGGCCAAACUGGGACAAUGAGUUCAAGCAGCUAGCCGAAAAACAUCCUAGCAACAGUAUUGGAGUAUUCUUCUGUGGACCCAAGACUCUCUCUAAGAUCCUUCAAAAGAUGUGCAGCUCUUAUUCAUCAGUUGAUCCAAGAGGAGUUCAGUUUCACUACAAUGAAGAAAGUUUCUAGGCUACCUUCUGAGGUGGCUGCUUGGUGUAGGUGUACAGUUCAGGCCAGCUACUGAGCUGUCUGACAACCGUGUGGCAAACAAACCAGCCAGGGGCCAGCAGUCCCUGGAGUCACAUCUUCUAACGUGGUGGGACUAGUGUAAAGCUGUGCAUGCCACAGUUCAACCAAUGGUGCUGUCUCCAAGAGAUGACUGUCUCCAGCUGGUUCGGUGAGCCAGCCUUGCAGCACAUUGUGUGUCAAAGUGAUGAAACUAUGGCCUUCAUGAGAGCCCAAUCUUUACUCCCACCUUCUAAUGUCUCCCAUUGGCACAAGAGCUGCCAUUGCUAUAGUUCCUGUCCUCCAAAAGAGGUGCUUCCCUCGUAGCUUUGCAUUGCUCAUCCUCCAAGUCUACCCGAGUGUAUAAUCACUGCCUUUCAAGACCUGAUGUUGUCUUGCACCUUCAAGUACUAUUUGUACUUAUCUUUGUGACUUCAGCACUGUUAAGCAUGUGUAACAUCAGAUCACUUUAGAAGGAUGGGGGAAACAACAUAAAAAAUGUGGGACUCAUGCAAGCUAGAAAACCAUGGAAAAUAUUUCCUUACUUUGCUCCCUCAGCACAGAAUGUUAAAGAAAAACUACACCCAAAUUGGCCUGAGGUGUAGUGAAGUUCACUAGGAUCACAUAAGGCAUUUACCCAGCCACAUAAUAAAGGUGGGAGGCAGAAAACAUCCUGUGUAUAUCUUGAAUAAGAUGAAUGACAACGCUAUAUAUGUACGCUUAUACAUACACGCAUGGGAAAUGCCCACUAGAGGGGACAUAGCUUUAUAGACAAAAGAAACAAUAAUAAAAAUUAUGUCACAGAGGACUACAAGAUUAUUUUAUAUCUUUUUUAUUGGAGGUUAAUGGUAUGUGUGAAGUGAGCUUGAUCUACAAGAUACGGUUGUAUUAUUAUUAAGUUUAGGGCAAUGGAUCUUUAUUUUAAAAUUGUUGAAGUUUUCUUAAACGCCUGCCUGUGUGAAAUGAUUAAUGUGGUGCAUACUGUGUAGCAGUAGAGUGAGUGGAGAAUUAGAGCCUCUGCCAGUUCACCUAGAGGCAUUUAUCUUUUAUUUUUUUCCCUAGUGCCCGUGCUGAGCCUCAGGGUAAGCUGACACAUUUUUUAAUAUAAAUUAAGCU